GGGCGGAGUGUUUACUUUCUCUCGGGUAUUGCCGAGUUGACGAAUAUCCAGUAUCAGCGCUGUCAUUACCUAGCGAAGAUGAAGUGCGUGUUACAACGAGUUUUGAGUGCGAGCGUUACUGUCGAGGGACAAAAGAUCUCGUCGAUCAAUCAAGGGCUUCUACUCCUAAUCGGCAUAAUGACCGGCGACACCCUCGACGACGCCCACAAACUCGCCUCAAAAAUCCUCCGCCUAAAACUCUGGAACAGCAGCCCGGAAGACAAACCCUGGCAACGCUCCAUCGUGGACAUCCAAGGUCAGAUCCUGUGUGUUUCGCAGUUUACGUUAGGUGCGACAACAAAGAAAGGCGCGAAACCGGAUUUUCAUAAGAGUAUGAAGGGUCCGGAGGCGAGGCCGUUGUAUGAGGCUGUGUUGGAGGAGUUGAGGAAGGGGUUGGGAGAAGUCAAGAGGGAGGAGAAUGGGGAAGGAGGAGUGAGGAGGGGAUUUGAGUUGAAGGUGCAGGAUGGGGCGUUUGGAGAGAUGAUGGAGGUUGGGUUGGUUAAUGAUGGGCCGGUUACGAUUUUGUUGGAUACGAAGGAGGAGAUCUGAGCAGGGACAUGGAGGGUGGGCAUGGAAGAUAUAUUCGACGAAGGGCAGGGAGAGAGCCGCGAAUAAGAGCAUAGAGAAAGACAGAGAAGAUACCCAUAUUCUGGAGAACAAAUACAACAGAAGUAUAAGAAGUCCUCGG